AUGGCGGACACUCCCAACCCCGAAGAUGCCCUAAUCCGCGAGAAUAUCAAGAACGCGGAAACAUUGAAAGCCACGAAGAUCUUCAAAUUGGCGAGGAUACUACAAGUCGUGACGAUGAUCCAUGACGCGACUCAAAACCACGCAGACACCCAGCACAAUGAAGACACGCAAGGCCGCCAGGAUGCUCAAAACCAAGAGCAGACUGAGACUAAAGAAGAAAUUCUACGCAAUGAGACUGAGCAAAUGUCUCCCCAUUCUCCAAUUUCUCCUUUGUUCACCCUCCCAUUGGAGCUACGCCCCAUGAUCUGGCAUCAGCUGAGUCCUCGCGGCUUGUCAAUUGAGGUCUCGCGCCGCUUCCGAGACUUCGGGGUGGAACCCAUAGUCUCGACCUACGACUGGGACGCUGAGGAUCUGUUUGGCAAUCAGAUUCCUCGUGAGGAGUGCCUCAACAUCCUCUACGGGGAGAACCUAUUCGAAAUUCGGGUGGCCGAUGAUGCAGAGAUUAGCAUGAAGAGAUUCUUUGGCAAGGAAAACCUCCGACGAUGGCGUUACGUCGUCGCUAUCUUUCACACGGCCUCUGGUUUCGAUAAGGGGACCCCCGAGCCUGACCGUCAGUUCUGGGGAACAAUUUUACCCGGUCUGACGGAUUUCAGCUGA